GCACUUUCUACACGUGGUUGUGGGGAUGGACGUUGGCGACCGUGAUGCGACGAAGAUAGCUAACCGUGUUUUGAACAAGUUUAGAAGGGAGUUGAGCGCACCAGAACUAUAUCUGGAGCCCAGCCAGUCGCUGCAAAGCGGGUGUUUGUCUGGAGUUGAGCAUCUGUUCCGUUGUCUGAGGCAGAGUGCCGGUCAUCUCCCAGUUGGUCCUCUCCAGCGGUUGUACACUGCAGACUUUGAUGAAGAGCAGGUCUGGGAGGAGGUGCAGCUCACUAAUGAGCCUGCGUUGGUCUCUCUGAGUCGUGUGGUUGGAAGACUGAGGCCAGGUAUGCAGCUUGUGACCAGAAAACUGGAGAAGGAAGAAGAAGAAGAGGAGGAAGAGGAGGGGCAAGAAGAGGCAGAGAAAGACGCAGGGGAAGUGGAGAGGGAUGAAGAGGAAAAGGAUGAGGGUGAUAAUGAAGAAAGUGCACAGGAGGCUCAGAAGGUGGAAAAGUGUCACAAGCCGAGAGUUGAUGAUGGAUUCUUCAGUAUGUCGGCCAUGGAGGAGUAUUUGGAGAAUGCAGACAAGCUCAGUGAUCCAGGCUCAGAGGGCAGUGUGGGUAUGUUGGCUGAGGAGCUGUCUGAGAGUGACUCAAACCAGCUAGUUUAUCAGGACUUCUUCGACCCUCCUCUAACUGUGGGGACCAGAGAAAAAGACAGCGAUAUCUCAAAAUACGAGAGGGAGAAAGAGAAGAUGGCUUGGCAGAUCCAGAGAAUUGAGGAGGCCAAUGUGCAGCCCAAGUCGUGGCAGAUGAGUGGAGAGGCCAGCUCCCGAGACAGACCUCUCAACAGUUUGUUGGAAGAGGCUAUGGAUUUUGAGCCAAUGAGCGUGCCAGCUCCAGUGGUGUCUGAGGAUACCACACAGAGCCUUGAGGACAUUGUCAGACAGAGAAUCUUGGACCAGGUAUGUACCAGUGGUAAUCUUUCCAGAGGUUGGGGUCCACGAAGUAUUGCAGGCAUGGGAUGACGUUCAGCGGAAGGUGAAGCCACUGGAGAAGCCAUAUGACUACCAGAGGGCGCGACCUCUGAACCAGGAGAAGAGCACGCGAAGCCUGGCAGAGGUGUAUGAGGAGGAGUAUGUAGAGAAGACAAAAGUGAGCCAGCCGACUGAGACUGAGGAUGUCAGACACGUUGAGCUAGAGAAGCUCAAGAACACACUCUUCGUGAAAUUGGAUGCUCUCACAAAUUUUUACUUCACCCCAAAACCGCCUCACUCUGAACCUUGUGUUGUUAGCAAUGUGUCCGCUGUUGUGAUGGAGGAGGCCCUGCCAACAGCUACAGCCCAGCACACAUUGUUGGCCCCAGAGGAAGUUCAGGCCAAGUUGCGAGUCCCCGAGAGAGGAGUGACUGAAAGGACUUCUGCAGACAAACGCAGAAAGAGAACUGCCAAUAAGCUCCUGAAGAGGAAACGAGGAGUGAAGCAGUUGCUGCAGAGACCUCGAGCCAAGGACAGGAGUUCUGGGAAGACCACCUCCCGCCAUUUCUUUGUUUCCUUACAACGCACAACUGCGACUACAAUGUCAUGACACAUUACAUUGGUUUUUAAAAUAAUGAUCCAAAAAUGGGUAUAUAGUUGCUAUGAAUGUUUGAGGGCUUGAAGCACUGCGAGCACCUAUAAAUACAUGUUGGAAGUAGGACGAACAGUUCUCUCCUCAAGACACUGCUCAGCCAGAUGCCACAAGGCCUGACCAACACCCUCUGGCCACUGACCAAUCAAUAUGCUGCACACGUCACCCUCAAAUCCCUCUAUAAAUGAUAUAAUGUCUGUGUUCUCAAUAUUUCCAUGGUAACAGACUGGUCCAGCUGCUGCUGUCCCUAGCAACAGCUCAAACAGGACCACUCCAAAUGAGUACACAUCUGUCUUUGCUGAAACCACACCCCCUCGCAGGUAGUCAAGAUCCAUAUACUCUGUCGUCCCAGCCACUGUGGUGGUUACCAUAGUAGCAGAGGAGGGCUGGGCCCUCAGUACUCCAUAGUCGCCUAGACUAGCAGUCCAGUCUUCUGCUAGCAAGAUGUUGGCACUGUGUGGAGUGAACUCUGUGACCCAGGAGAUGGUGAUGUAAGAGGAAGCAC